CGGUGGAGAUCUGGGGCUCGGUUAGAACCAGCGAGCUCGACAAAGGCCUGGGGCGUCCUGACACCUUCACUCGGUCCUAGUCAAUGCUCGGAGGCCUUCGGGUGGGUGAACCGGCCCCGCAGCGUGGGCCAUUUCCGAGGCACGUGGUUUCCAAGGCCCCCGCCGGGACCGAGAAAAGUUUAUGGUUCGGAUCACAGCAGAAGGGUAUAGCAUUGCGGGAGGGCAGAAAGAAUCCUAGAUGCUGCAGCCACCCACAACAUCUGGCCUCCUCCUCCAGAGCGAGCAUGCGUCGGAAGACCGGCGUUUCCCGUGAGACUCUUUCGAAUAGAUGCACGGUGUGGAAACAACCGACUGCAAAUCUCAUGUCACCGCUGCACUCCCAAAAGACAGAAAUGUCGAGCCACUUCUAAAGCUCCUGGGGUGUGCUUCUGGCUCUCAGACGGGAGUGUGCUCCCAGUACCCGCACAGCCUCUAGUCCCUGCUCGGCGUCAUCGUCACCAUCGGCAACACUCCCGGCCAGGAGUCCUGUCCCUUUAAGACACCCUAGAGCCUUAGUCGUUUUGGUUUCGCGCGCCCGCCCGCAGCGCCGGCAGAGCGACCAUGGCCCGGGCAGCGCGCGCUGCGUGGGUUCUUGGCUUGAGCCGGUGCGCCCUAGCGGAGGGGUCGCGUACACGACCCUGGCCGCCAAUCUCGGCGCAGAGGUGGGCCGGCUUCACCGGGCUGUACCACACCGUGCGGUGGCACCUGCGCUCCCAGGACCUCCGCGCCGAGCGCUCGGCCGCACAGCUGUCCCCGUCCAGCCACCUGCAGCUGACCCUGUACCAGUACAAGACAUGUCCCUUCUGCAGCAAAGUCCGUGCCUUCCUCGACUUCCACUCCCUGCCCUAUCAGGUAGUGGAGGUGAACCCUGUCAGAAGGACUGAGAUCAAGUUCUCCUCCUACAGGAAGGUGCCCAUCCUGGUAGCCCAGGAAGGAGACUGCUCGCAACAGCUGAACGACUCCUCCGUCAUCAUCAGCGCCCUCAAGACCCACCUGGUUUCAGGGCAGUCCCUGGAAGAGGUCAUCACCUAUUACCCACCCAUGAAGGCCAUGAAUGACCAGGGCAAGGAGGUGACUGAGUUCUGCAACAAGUACUGGCUCAUGUUGGAUGAGAAGGAGGCCCAGCGGAUGUAUGGCGGGAAGGAAGCCAGGACGGAGGAGAUGAAGUGGCGGCAGUGGGCAGACGACUGGCUGGUACACCUCAUCUCCCCCAACGUCUACCGGACGCCCACCGAAGCCCUGGCUUCCUUCGACUACAUUGUCCGUGAGGGAAAGUUUGGGGCUGUGGAGGCCACCAUGGCCAAGUAUGUGGGUGCAGCUGCCAUGUACCUCAUCAGCAAGCGCCUCAAAAGCAGGCACCACCUGCAGGACGACGUCCGUGCAGACCUCUACGAGGCAGCCAACAAGUGGGUGACCGCUGUGGGCAAAGACCGGCCAUUCAUGGGGGGCCAGAAGCCUAAUCUUGCUGACCUGGCAGUGUAUGGUGUCCUGCGAGUGAUGGAGGGUCUGGAGGCCUUCGAUGACCUGAUGCGACACUCACACAUCCAACCUUGGUACCUGCGGAUGGAGCGGGCCAUUGAGGAAGCCCCAUCAAUGCACUGAGUCCCCCCCUAGCUGCAGAGACUACUGCUGAGGAGUCAAGAUCUCCUGACCAGCCCCUGGCCAUGCUGUAGGGAGCAGAGUCAUUUUGUCUCUGGUCCAUUCAGCCCCUGGCCCUCUACCGGACAUUACUAGGGACCUUGCCGCUGGAGACAAGCCCAGGCUCACAGCUAUUCUGAGGGUCAUGAGGUCAGGGGUUGCAAAGGACUGCCUUCCAGCCCCAGUUCCAGGGGCCUGCUCUCCCAGCAGGGAUUCCUUUUCAGCUCUCUCAGGGCUCAUUGGCUCCCUGUUAGCAAGGAUCAGACUGGCUCCCACCCUGGACCAGGGGAGGGCAGUCGCAUUAGGGAAAGCCCCUUUCCUAGUUCCAGUUCUUCCCGGGUACCCCUGGGACUAUUACUGUAUUUCCAAUAAAGGAGAUUCUGCAGCUCCGCUCAGGCA